GUCCUUCGUCGCUCCCUGAUGACGACACAGCAGCGGCGCCGCUCUUCUACCCGAUGGUGUUUCCGAUGUCCGCGCGCUGCUCAGCCCGGCUCCUUUCACGCUCUUUGCGCUAUGGAGGCCGCCUCGCUCUGGGAGGCCCCAGCCGAGCCUUGUCCUGGCCUCUCACGGCCCGAGCCUCUGCUGCUUCCUCCUCCUCCUCCAACGAUGGCGUUCGGGCGCCAGACACGUCCUUGUUCGUCCCGCUCCCAGUGCCCCCGGCUGCGCCUGGCCCAGAGGGCGAUGUAGGGGCAGAGCUCACCAGGCCCCUCAAUAAGAGUGAAGCACUGAAAAUAUUAAAUAAAUUUUACAAGAGAAAAGAAAUACAAAGACUGGGGUCAGAAAAUGGACUAGACGCUCGCCUUUUUCAUCAAGCAUUUAUAAGCUUUAGGAAAUAUAUUAUGGAAUCUAAUUAUCUGAGUCCUGAUAUUCACAUUAUUCUAAAUGAUAUAUGCUGUGGAGCAGGGCAUGUUGAUGAUCUAUUUCCAUUUUUCAUGAGGCAUGCUAAGCAAAUCUUUCCUAUGCUGGAGUGUAUGGAUGAUCUGCGUAAAAUCAGUGAUUUAAGAUUGCCACCCAACUGGUAUCCAGAAGCCAGGGCUAUCCAGAGAAAAAUUGUUUUCCAUUCUGGCCCUACAAACAGUGGAAAAACUUAUCAUGCAAUCCAGAGAUAUUUAGCAGCAAAAUCAGGAAUAUAUUGUGGCCCUUUAAAGCUUCUGGCACAUGAGAUCUUCCAAAAGAGUAAUGAUGCUAAUGUACCAUGUGACUUGGUAACGGGAGAAGAACGCGUCUGUGUUGAUUCUGAGGGUCGACCAGCUGCCCAUGUUGCUUGCACCAUUGAAAUGUGUAGUGUUACUACGCCCUAUGAAGUGGCUGUGAUUGAUGAGAUUCAGAUGAUUAAAGAUCCUUCUCGAGGUUGGGCCUGGACGCGAGCUCUCUUAGGACUAUGUGCAGAAGAAAUCCAUGUUUGUGGUGAAGCUGCUGCCAUUAAUUUGGUGACAGAACUCAUGUAUACUACAGGGGAAGAGGUGGAGGUGAGAAACUACAAGAGGCUAACUCCUAUCACGGUGUUAGAUGAGGCACUUGAAUCCUUAGAUAAGCUUCGCCCUGGAGACUGCAUUGUAUGCUUCAGUAAGAAUGAUAUUUAUUCAGUGAGUCGUCAGAUUGAAGCACGGGGCCUGGAAUGUGCUGUCAUCUAUGGAAGUCUGCCCCCUGGAACAAAACUUACCCAGGCAAAGAAGUUCAAUGAUCCGGAUGAUCCAUGUAAAAUCAUGGUUGCUACAGAUGCAAUUGGAAUGGGCCUCAAUUUGAGCAUAAAAAGGAUAAUUUUUAACUCCUUAGUUAAACCAACUGUGAAUGAAAAGGGUGAAAAAGAAAUGGAUACAAUUACAACUUCCCAGGCACUACAAAUUUCAGGGCGAGCUGGAAGAUUUAGCACUGUGUUCAAAGAGGGGGAAGUUACUACUAUGCAUCGAGAUGACCUUCUUUUGCUGAAGGAAAUCUUGAAUAAAUCAGUGGAUCCCAUACUGACUGCUGGCUUGCAUCCCACUGCUGAGCAGAUUGAAAUGUUUGCAUAUCAUCUUCCUGAUGCCACACUCUCAAAUCUUAUUGAUAUUUUUGUGAGUCUCUCUCAAGUUGAUGGCCUCUACUUCGUCUGCAAUGUUGAUGACUUCAAAUUUCUCGCUGACAUGAUCCAGCACAUUCCACUGAACCUGAGAGCACGAUAUGUGUUCUGCACGGCACCUAUCAACAAAAAACAGCCAUAUGUGUGCACCUCGCUAUUAAAGUUUGCUCGGCAGUUCAGCAGAAAUGAACCUCUGACGUUUGACUGGCUGUGCAGGCAUAUUCAUUGGCCCCUGACCCCACCUAGGAACAUAAAGGACCUUGUACAUCUAGAAGCUGUUCAUGACGUCCUUGAUCUUUAUCUUUGGCUGAGCUACCGGUUUAUGGACAUGUUCCCAGAUGCUACGCUCGUGAGGGACAUUCAGAAGGAGCUGGAUGACAUUAUACAAAUAGGAGUUCUUAACAUUACCAGAUUGAUUAGAGCUUCGCAAACCACUUCUGGGACUGUUACGGUUCCAGAUGAUUUUCCUCUGCAGAGGACCACCAUUAGUGAAGGGAUGUUGAAUGCAGAAGACCUCCCGCAAGAAACUCUCCCAAGUGGCAUGAAGGCCCAAGGGCAGCGAAGAGGAAGGGGACCUAAAGCAAUGAGCUCUAGGCCUGGAGAAGCCCAAAUGGACACUCGGGGUCGGGUCCAGGGUGCUCUAGCUGCUAGACUGAUACAACAGGGACUUCUUACCAAGGAAAUGCUGAAACAGUUAGAGGAUGAGUGGCUGGCUCAUCACAAUGGGGAAGCCAGUGAUUCAUCUGAAAACAGAGGGCCAAGCACAUUCAAAGGGAAAAAGAGAAAGUAAAAAUAAGUUUUUGGCAAAUAAAAAUUGUUAAAGUAAUUUUUGUCUUUUGGUCAUGUACAUGUUGAAUUUUUAAAAUAAUUAUCAUUAUAAACAAUUAUAACAUA